AUGGUCACCGGUAUUGAUGACGAAAGUAGUGAAGAGUAUCACAGCCAUGCAUUGCGCAUUUUGAUCCCCAUUCUUGACGACCCAAUGUCAUCGUUGGAUGAAAACCUUUUAGCAGCAGCAGUCCUCCUACGGUUAUACGAGGAGAUGUGUGAUGUUGAUACUGGAACCCAUCUCGUUGGAUGCGCGCGACUCUGGAAUAACAUCCCCGACUUCAUAGCUGAAGGCGGGUUGAGCGAAGCGGCCAGCUGGAUUCUUCUCCGACAGAACCUACACAUCUCUCUGAUCAAAGGCGAGCCCAUGCAAGUAGAUCUGAAUAAGUACAGACGUUCGAGAUCAUUUAUAGACACGACUGAUGAGGACUUUGCCAAUCGGAUUAUUCUCAUCUGCUGCCAGGUAUUAGAGGCUUGUUUUGGCCCAGGCGCUCAGCCCGACUACGAGACGUGGGCGCAUCUUGGCAAAGAGGUUGCGCUAUGGCAUGAUUCGAUACCAGCUCACUAUCAUCCUUAUCACUCGGACAUGGAAAGCACUUCUACUGGCGUCAAGUCGGCUUUUCCUGUGGUAUGGAUGAUGAAUCCUGCUCAAGUCAUGGGAUAUCAACAUUAUUGUCUAGCUCGCAUUUUGUUACAUAUCUCUGAGCCCAGACUAUGGGUGUCCAGUUUGAGAACUAUCGAGCAUCGGGUAGCUGCAGAUAAAGCGGCCUUGAAUGACCUUCAUAUCGCUGUCGGUCUCGGUAUUCACAACCCUUCUGUAGUUGGUGCUGGGUUUACUGUACACCAUAUACUUUUCACUUGUGAGUUCUGA